GAGCUGAAUGAGUUAAUGUGCAGAGGAAUGUGAGGAGGGAGGGAGGAGGGAGUGAGUUUCCUCCUCCUCCUCCUCCUCUUCCUUCUUCUUCUCCUCCUGCUCCUUCUCGCUCCAGGUCUCCUCCAUGAUGCCGGGGACCUUUCCCAGAUUUCCCAGCAUGCCCAGGGUGGCCGUCGCCGUGCCGACCGUAUCCCAGACUCCUCGGAGGCUCCUGCAGGACUGUUGCUCCGUGCUGGACCAUCAGACCCCCGGAGGUCUGUGUAGCUGUUGCUGGGCUCUUCGUCCUCGAUACAAACGUCUGGUCGACAACAUUUUCCCUGAAAACCCAGAGGAGGGGCUGGUGAAGGCCGACAUGGAGAAGCUGACGUUCUUCGCUCUGUCGGCGCCAGAGAAACUGGACCGAAUCGCUGCCUACCUGUCAGAGCGUCUGACCCGGGAGCUGAGCCGCCACCGCUACGGGUAUGUGUGCGUUGCCAUGGAGGCGAUGGAGCAGCUGCUGCUAGCAUGUCACUGUCCUAGCAUCAACCUGCUGGUGGAGAGUUUCCUGGCUACGCUACGGCUGCUGCUGGAGGCCGACAGACCUCAGCUCCACAUCCUGGCCACCAGCUCCUUCGUGAAGUUUGCUAACAUCGAGGAGGACACGCCGUCGUAUCAUCGCAGCUACGACUUCUUUGUGUCUCGCUUCAGUGAGAUGAGUCAGUCUGAGCACGAAGACCUGGAGACACGCAACAAGGUGCGGGGGGCGGGGGUCCGGGGGCUGCAGGGCGUCGUCAGGAAGACGGUGGACGAUGAGCUGCAGGCGAACAUCUGGGAGCCUCGACACAUGGAGCAGAUUGUCCCCGCCCUGCUGGUCAACCUGCAGCAGCGCAGCCACCGACAGGCUCCAGCUGAUGAGACUGAGGAGUGUUUCCGGGAGCUACUGAGCAGAGCGGCGUACGGAAACAUCCGCAACGCUGUCAGACCCGUGCUACUACACCUGGAUAGACACCGUCUGUGGGGAGCAGGAGGAGGAGCAGGAGCAGCAGGAGGAGGAGCAGGAGCAGCAGGAGGAGGAGGAGAAGGAGGAGGAGGUUUUGCUGUGCAGUGUUUCCAGAUCAUCAUGUUCUCCAUCCAGCCCCAGUACUCCCACCUGGUCAUCCAGGAGCUGCUGGGUCACCUGGAGGCCAACAGCAGGAGCCCCGCCUCCAUCCGAGCCGGCAUCGUGGAGGUGCUGUCUGGAGCCCCGGGGUCGAUAGGGCCCACGGUGCUGGAGGUGUUCAACGCGUUGCUGCGGCAACUGAGGCGGAGCGUCGACUACCAGCUGACCGGUUACUAUGACAACGCCCGGAAUCGAAGGACCACGACGAGAGAGGAGAAGAUGCUGCAGGAGGCGAUCAUCAAAACCAUCGGAUCCUUCGCCAACACACUUCCUGUCUACCAGAGGUCAGAGGUCAUGCUGUUCAUCAUGGGGAAGAUUCCUGUUCCUGGCAUGUACACCACCCUGGGGUCCCCCACCUCCGGGGGGGAAGGCUCCAGGAUGAUCCAGGUGAUGCUGCUCCAGUCCCUCCUCCAGGUGUCGGAGCGCUACCAAAGCACCAACCUGCUGACGGCGCUGCCCUCCUCCUUCCUGGAGCCCCUGCUCUCCUUCACUCUGAUGGAGGACCCCGAGAUCCGCCUCCUGGUGCUCCUCAUCCUCACCUCCCUCCUAGACCGGCACCACAACGCCCCCAGGAUCAGCACCUCCAGGUGGAUGAUUGAUGUGUCAGAGCUGGAGCUGAAGGAACAAAGCUGUCGCCAUGACGACCUGUUCAUGAGGAAGCACGGCCAGCGUCUCUACAGACACGUCUUCCUGGUGUGUAGAGACGGGGACAGCGGUCGCCAUCACUACCAGGCCGUCCUCUCCCUAUUGGCCGUCCUCUGCGUGGAGCUGACCAAUGAGGAGGUGCUGGUGGACAUGCUCCGCCUCCUCCUGUCUCUGCAGGACCUGGCCUUGUCCAAUCAGGAGAGUCUGUCCACGUUGAACCGCUGCAGUGUCCACGCCGUCCUCGCCGCCGUCCUCCUCCUGCUGUCCCAGCUGGGCCCGCCUCCUCCGCUCCGCCAUCUUGUCUGUGAGGUCAUCGAGCGUCGCCGCAGAGACGCUCCCCACCUGCUGCCUGAAGGCGUCUUCUGUGAUAGGCCCAGGCUGCCAGGGGCGGAGCUGCAGGUGGACGCCGCCUUCCUGUUCAGCCAAUCAGAGAUCAGCGAGGCCCUGACAGGAAGUAGCUACGGCGCUCACUCUGAACGCUUCAACACGCCCUACACGCCUCAGCUAAUGGAUGAGGAUCGUUUCUCUAAGAGGAGGAGCGUUGGAGACGUCAUGUCUCUGCAGAUGGACAUUCACUUCUGUCCUGAUGGACCACAGCAGCCUGAGGAGGAGCAGAUCUCCUUUGAGACUCUGAAGACCACCUUGGAGGACCGAGGAGCAGAGGAGGAGGACAGGAGGAGGAGGGAGGUGGUGGAGAGGUUCCAGACGGCUCCUUUUGAGGAGAUCGCUGCUCACUGUGGAGCCAGGGUGCGUCUCCUUCAGUCUAAACUGGACCAUGUGUUUAAUCUGAUGGUUCCUCCUCCUCCGUCUCCUUCUGGACACUCAGCUCCUCCAUCGACCCCGGUCUACGACAUGAAGCUCCCGGACCUCCUGGUCUACUAGACAGGAGGAGGAGGAGGAGGAGGAGCAGGAGGAGCAGGAGGAGCAGGAGGAGGAGGAGCAGCAGGAGGAGGUGUCUUUAUCCUGGUGUCUUCAUUUUUUUUUCUUCUUCACUCAAAUUAAAUAUGGACAAUAGUGUAAUCAGAUUACUGAUAGAGUGUAAUCAGAUUACUGACAGUGAUAGAGAGUAAUCAGAUUACUGAUAGUGAUGGAGUGUAAUCAGAUUACUGAUAGUGAUAGAGAGUAAUCAGAUUACUGAUAGUGAUAGAGAGUAAUCAGAUUACUGAUGAUGAAUUAAUUGACGACUGAAUAAAAUG